GCUUUUAUCUUCCUUGCGCACCCUGUCCUUUGCAACAUAGCGGUAUCCCUCUGCUUGUUUGUGGCGUCCAACCGGUGCUUCGCGAGUUCCAAUUCAGUCCCUGGGGCUCUGGCACCCCGCCUUCUCUCAUAAGCGACACGGAAGUCGAUCCUCUCCAGACCUGACCGACUUGCGAGCUCCUCCUAUACUGCUGCGAACGCGCCAGCAACUGAGCGUCAGCGUCCGACCGAUUUUUAAGUCCUGUUUCUACCAAUCGUUUGCCCGCAAAUCCCUUGAGGCCGACAGAAACAAACACUCCUAAGAGUUGUCCCGAUCCGCCAGACCGCAUUCGCCCACCACUUCCCCCUCCUGCUAGCGUGUGGCAUCUUGCUGCACUGGCAUCGAGAACCAGGUCCGAGUACAUGUGGCUUUCUUACCAGUGGUGACAAUGAAGGGUUUCAGACAGAGAGUGCACGAGCAGUUGUCGAGAGCGAAAGAUAACAAAUCGUCGAAAAAGAAAGAAUCGGCGUCGCAAGCUUCACAACAGAACUCGGCAAACCUGGGAAUUCACCAUGGCCAGCAGUCCGCUUCUCCCAACCAGGUCACCCCGACGUCGUCUACUACAUCCGUGAAUGAUAUUAGAGGCAAGGCCCCUGAAGAUGCUUCGCAAGCCGGGGGGUUUCCUCCUGCUACUCCCACCAAGCAAGGACAACCGAUGGCUCCAAGUGUAGUGAUCAGCCCUAGCGGACCGCACGCUCCUCCGCCCGGUGCCGCCGAGACCAUGCCAGGAGACCUAGCCCCUCCUAGGAAGUCCCAUGUCUUCGAUCGCCUCCAAACAACCCCGAAGGAUAUGUCGGAGGGUAUACGGACUCCCAAGCGUCAACAUUCUUCUCGAUUUGAUAUUUCCGAUCAGCGCCAGCGAGAGCUGGAGAAGCUUCCUGGCUUUCAUGAAGUGCCGCCGAACCGACGCCAGGAGCUCUUUAUGCAAAAGAUCGACCAGUGCAAUAUCAUAUUCGAUUUUAAUGACCCAACGGCAGAUAUGAAGUCUAAGGAGAUCAAGAGACUGGCUCUCCACGAGCUCCUAGAUUACAUCGCAAACAACCGCUCAGUUAUAACCGAACCAAUGUACCCUCGCGUGGUUGAGAUGUUCGCAAAAAACUUGUUCAGGCCAAUCCCGCCUCCAAUCACACCCCAAGGCGAGGCAUUUGAUCCGGAGGAGGAUGAACCAGUAUUGGAAGUCGCCUGGCCUCACAUUCAGGUCGUUUAUGAGUUUUUCUUGCGGUUCAUCGAAAGUCAGGACUUCAAUACAAAUAUCGCAAAGGCUUACAUCGACCAUCAUUUUGUGCUUCAGUUGCUAGAGUUGUUCGAUUCCGAAGACCCGCGGGAGCGCGAUUUCUUGAAGACAACCCUACAUCGUAUUUACGGAAAGUUCUUAAAUUUACGUUCAUAUAUUCGCCGAUCUAUCAACAACGUCUUUUUCCAAUUCAGCUACGAGACCGAGCGGUUCAACGGAAUUGCGGAGCUUCUGGAAAUCCUUGGAUCCAUUAUCAACGGCUUUGCCCUUCCACUUAAGGAGGAACACAAGUUGUUUUUGACCAGGGUUCUACUUCCUUUGCACAAAGUCAAGAGCCUCAGCAUGUACCAUCCACAACUGGCAUACUGUAUUGUUCAGUUCCUCGAAAAGGACUCGACAUUAACCGAAGACGUUGUGCUUGGUUUGCUUCGGUACUGGCCCAAAACCAACAGUACCAAGGAAGUUAUGUUCCUCAAUGAAGUCGAAGAUAUCUUCGAAGUGAUGGAUCCAGCCGAAUUCGCCAAAGUCCAAGAACCACUAUUCCAGCAGCUGGCCAAGUCGGUCGCUAGCCCCCAUUUUCAGGUUGCCGAGCGUGCGCUUUACUUCUGGAACAAUGAAUAUUUCUGCAAUCUGGUUAGUGACAACGUUGAGGUCAUUCUACCAAUCAUGUUCCCUCCCCUAUUUGAGAACUCAAAGGGCCACUGGAAUAGAACCAUCCACAGCAUGGUAUACAAUGCGAUGAAGAUGUUUAUGGAGAUCAAUCCUCAGCUCUUUGACGAAUGCUCGCACGAGUAUAAUGAAAGACAGAAUAGCGCCGAGAUGCGCGAGAAAGCUCGACAGAAUCGAUGGGAAAAGGUCGCGGAACGAGCUAUGCAGCGGCAGAAUGGCGUCAACCUGCCACGUAACUCAACCACAGCCGAAAUCCCGCUGCAGCUCGAUGACGUCGAUGCUCUCACUCAGGAAAGCCAGAGGCGACUCCAGUCUCUGAAACUAGAUGAGGCCGGUUCGAAAGAUCGACGGCCUAGAGAGGGAUCUAUCACUUCGCCUUGA